UCCAAAGAGGGUGGGGGAUGAUGGUUUAUAAUUAACACAAUUAAAAAUAGACUUUGAAUAAACCAAAGGCAGAGAGGCUGCUUGUGACUGUUACGGUAGGAGGAAAGCUAAGGGCACUGCUCAUACAAAGGUAAGCUGAGGCACGGCCACGCAGGAGCUUCGACCACCAGGAUGGCCUGGGACUCGCUGUGUGGCAGGGACCUGCUGCGUCCCACAAUAAGAAGAGCCUCAAGCAUCGCACAGGGAGGGCAGAGGGGGGACACCCCAUCCCUGGAGGAGCUGCAGCGCCUGCUGUGGACACGUGCGCGCCCUAUGGGGCAUGUGGAUGAAGUCUGGCCAAACCUUUAUGUGGGAGACCUGUAUGUUGCUCGUGACAAAGCACAGCUGAGCCAAAUGGGCAUUUCCCAUGUUGUGAAUGCUGCUGCUGGGCGCUUCCACCUCAACACUGGGCCCAAGUUCUACAGAGACCUUCCUGUGGAUUACUAUGGAGUAGAAGCAGAGGACAACCCGAACUUUGAUCUCAGCAUUUACUUCUACCCAGUUGCUCGAUACAUAAGAGCUGCACUGAAUACCCCAAGAGGCAAAGUACUGGUCCACUGUGCGAUGGGAAUCAGUCGAUCUGCAACUCUUGUCCUCGCCUUCCUAAUGAUCUGCGAGGACAUGUCUCUUGCCGACGCGAUUCAGGCUGUGCGCUCCCACAGAGGGAUCUGCCCCAACUCUGGCUUCCUGGAGCAGCUGCGAGAGCUGGACCUGAGGCUGAGGAAGGAGAAGCGCGCAGGAGCUGGGAUCUGCUAGCACAGGGCUGGCCAGUAGCAGGAGCACAACCAGCCGCCAGGCUCAAACUGAGGCCAGCGCGUGGACACUGCAGGCACACUGUUGCAGCUGCACUGAGAAACUCUGCUGGGGAGAGCCGAUUGGAGUUUGCAAUGUAUUUUUUGGAUAAGCCCACUAAUUGAAAGAAACUGAAAUAAAGAAGGAUUCAGACCGGCAAUUUCACCCACCUGGGCCUGCUUUUUUAACAACCUGCUGUGCAGGGUACAGGCAGCAGUUGGGUUUUCAAGCCGAAUUAAAAGGCAGCACAGCCAACUUGA